CAAUCUCUCUCUCUCUCUCUCUCUCUCUCUCUCUACGGGGGUGGUGUGUUAAAGCUUAUAGUAGAUCUCUCUCUCUCUCUCUCCCGCGAGGAGCAUUGUGAGAUCGUUCCCCAGAUCGAUCUCGUUUGCUACUGGGGAAAUGGAGGCGUUGAGGAAACAGGCGAGUAGAUUAAAGGAGCAAGUCGCGAAGCAACAGCAGGCAGUUAUAAAGCAGUUCAGCACUACUGGUUAUGAGAGUUCAGAUAUUAUGGUUAUUGAUGAACUUGAACUACAAAGACAUCAACAGCUAGAAAAGUUGUAUAGAUCUACUCGUUCUGGAAGGGAUUUCCAAAAAGACAUUGUACGAGCGGCGGAAGGCCUUAUCUCUAUUGGGAAUAGGCAUAUUGAAAUAGGGACAAAGUUGUCUGAAGACUGCUUUCGAUAUGGAAGUGAGAAUAAUACCAAUGAUGCACUUCUAGCCAAAGCAGCAUCUUUAUAUGGUGGUGCAUUGAGAAAUGUUGAGAAAGAGCAUGAAGAUUUCAACAAGCUCUUAUCUUUACAGAUUAUGGAGCCACUAAGACUGAUGGCUACUGGUAUUCCCUUGGAAGAUGCUCGCAGUCUUGCUCAGCGUUAUAGUCGGAUGAGACAUGAGGCUGAGACUCUGGCUGUUGAAGUUUCUAGGAGAAAAUCUCGAGUAAGAGAAGCCCCAGUUCUUGAGAACACUGCAAAGCUGCAAGCAUCUGAAGCUAAAAUGCAAGAGCACAAAGCAAAUAUGGCAGUGCUAGGAAAAGAAGCAGCUGCCGCACUAGCUGCGGUUGAAUCUCAACAGCAAAGACUGACUUUUCAGCGCCUGACUUCCCUGGUAGAAGCAGAGAAAUCAUUCCAUUUGAGAAUAGCUGCUAUACUUGAUGACGUUGAAGCUGAGAUGGUUACUGAGAAACAGGUGAAAGAUUCUGCACCUCCUCCUGUUCCAACUCAUAAGCGUGCUGAAAAGGCCUUAUAUUUUCUUGCUGAGGCAAUGCACAAUUUCAAUGCUACAUCAGAAAAGGAACUAAGCCUAAUAGUAGGCGACUACGUCGUUGUACGACAGGUCACUCCAUCAGGGUGGGCUGAAGGUGAGUGUAGAGGGAAGGGAGGGUGGUUUCCAGCAGCUUAUGUCGAGAGACGGCAAAAUAUUCCCCCUAACAAAGUAUUCCCCCAAGUACAAUAAUACUACUUGAAGGAUCUAUAUCUGAUAUCUUUAUGUUUACUUGUUUAAAGAUGGGGAGAAUGCGGCGUAUAAGAUUCUUAAUAUGAUUAUUUAUUCAUCUCUGCCACUGAGUACACCGACCGAGAAAGAAAAAAAUGAAACUUUGGAAUCCUUCAUUCUUUUUGGCAAGAGCUGUUGGAGUUUGUUGUAACUUUAUAUGUAUUUCUAGGGAUUUCGUGAGAAGGUGGCUCGAUGAUUGCUCGGUAGUAAUCUCUUUUUUGUAUUUGGACUAGUUAUUUAUAAAAGAACACUGGAUUGCCUUUUAAUGAAUCGUGGCUUAUUUAUGUAACUGGUUUGAUGGAAGCUUAAA